AUGUCAGCAACAGAAGUCGUGACAGCAUCGCCUACAACUGUGGCCGAGGUCGAUGGGAUUAGCAGCUCCUCAAAGCCCAGGCCAACCCGGGCAUUGCACCAUAUUCCGCGGCCAGAAUCUCUAGAAGCGCAACGACAAUGGCAGCUCGAACAAAUGGCAGGCGCAUUUCGCAUUUUUGCAAAAUUGGGCUUUGCUGAUGGCGGCAGUGGCCAUAUCAGCCUGAGAGAUCCUAUCAAUCCCAAUACGUUCUGGAUCAACCCUUAUGGCUUCCAUUUUGGUCUUCUGAGUGUAUCGGAUAUGGUACAUGUCGAUAAGAACGGCAAUCGCAUCGGUGGAAAUAAUGCCAGAAUCAACAAAGCUGGCUUUAUUAUUCACAGUGCCAUUCACGCUGCAAGACCAGAUAUCAACGCGGCUUGCCACAUGCACAGUCCCUAUGCGAGGGCCUGGAGUACAUUUGGAAAACCAAUUGACAUGCUGAAUCAAGAUAGCUGCAUGUUCUACGACGACCUCUCUGUGUACGCGGCGUUUGGCGGCGUCGUAUUUGCACCCGAGGAGGGACGAAAUAUUGCAGAAGCACUGGGUCCUCGAAACAAGAACAUCAUCCUCCAGAAUCACGGCAUACUCACGUGUGGCGGCACAAUCGCCGAAGCUGCCGCAUUUUUCAUUGCGCUUGAGCGGGCUUGCCAGACUCAGCUUCUCGUCGAGUCAGCCACGAUCCCUUCGAGUGUUGGAGGUGCCGUGAGCCAGUUGAGCAAGACUUUUGUCACGGAAGAAGAGGCUGAAUACACCAAAAAGGGGACUGGUAGUCCUGAUGUAAUGUACAUGCAGUUUGUGCCAGAGUAUCAGAUGAUACUCAAGGAAACGAAAGGGGACUUUCUAGUGUAG